AUGCAGCCAGCUGAUCAUCAAAACCAAGAGCUCUAUCGUUUUUUGGCCCAAAACGGGUUAAUUAACGUGAACAACAAUAAUGGUUCAUAUGUUGGGUUUCCAGGAGGAGCUAGCUGUGAUCAGUUUUCAGCUAUGCAAAGCUUUUGCAGCUCUUCUUCUUACAAUUAUUACCCUCUGGAAGUCUCUGGAGUUAGCACUGAACAUGAAACCUCACCUCAAGAUAGAGCCCUUGCUGCUCUCAAGAAUCACAAGGAGGCUGAGAAGAGAAGGAGAGAGAGAAUCAACUCCCAUCUCGAUAAGCUUCGAGGCCUUCUUCCUUGCAAUUCCAAGACAGACAAAGCCUCUCUGUUAGCAAAGGUGGUUCAACGAGUGAAAGAGCUGAAACAACAAACUUCAGAGCUCACUGAGCUUGAGAGCUUCCCUUCUGAGACUGAUGAAAUCACUGUGCUCUCUUCGGAUGAUUAUUCAAGUGAUGGAAGAAUUAUUUUCAAGGCCUCUUUGUGCUGCGAGGACCGGACCGACCUCCUACCUGACCUAAUUGAAAUUCUAAAAUCCCUCCAUCUGAAGACACUCAGAGCUGAAAUGGCCACCCUCGGAGGAAGAAUUCGCAACGUGCUUGUCGUUGCUGCGGAUAAAGAUCACACCAUUGAAUCAGUCCAUUUCUUGCAGAAUGCGUUGAAGUCUUUACUAGAACGCUCAAAUGCUAGUGAAAGAUCGAAAAGGCGACGCGUAUUAGACCGCACAUUAGUCCUUUAA